AUGGCUCAGCCCGCAGAGGCUAGCCUGGAUCUGCCAGAGCGUACGAAGGAAAAUAUCGAGACUGCGAUAACGGAGACUAAGGAGAAAAAGCCCAAGAAAGAAAAGGUCCCCAAACCGCCGAAGCAGCCCAAGGAGCCGAAGCCGGCAGCAGCGAAACCUGCCAAACCUGCAAAUGCAGCACCUUCGGCGCCGGCUGACCCAGAGGCGAUGUUCAAGGAAGGCUGGUUGGCAGCAGUGCGCAAGGAAAGGCCCGCAGAUGAACCGGUAGUGACGCGAUUUCCGCCCGAGCCCAACGGAUAUCUUCACAUCGGCCACAGCAAGGCGAUAGCAAUCAACUUCGGGUUUGCCAAAUUCCAUGGUGGCAAGUGCAACCUUCGCUACGACGAUACGAAUCCGGAGGCCGAAGAAGAGAUCUACUUCAUCGCCAUCGAAGAUAUCGUCCGGUGGCUUGGUUUUGACCCUGCCCUGAUCACUUACUCCAGCGACUUCUUCGACAGGCUGUACGAGCUGGCGGAGAAGCUAAUCACACUAAACGGCGCCUAUGUGUGUCAUUGCACAGAUGAGGAGCUCAAAGACCAGCGCGGAGGUACGGACCUGAAGAACAAGCAUGAGAGAUACGCCUGCAAACAUCGGGAUCGACCAAUCGAAGAGUCACUAGCUGAAUUCAGAGCCAUGAGAGAUGGCAAGUACAAGCCCAAAGAGGCCUUUUUGCGGAUGAAGCAGGAUCUAAGCGAUGGUAACCCCCAAAUGUGGGAUCUUGUCGCCUACCGCGUCCUCGAGAAGCCCCAUCACCGUACUGGUGACAAAUGGAGAAUCUAUCCUACAUACGACUUCACCCACUGUUUGUGCGAUAGCUUUGAAGGCAUCACCCACUCACUGUGUACGACCGAGUUCAUAUUGUCGAGGGUCUCCUACGAGUGGCUGAACAACAAAGUUGACGUCCCUCACAAGCCCAUGCAGAGAGAGUAUGGCCGGCUGAAUGUCACGGGAACAGUGCUCUCUAAGCGGAAGAUCAAGAAACUGGUGGAUGAAAAGAUCGUCAGCGGGUGGGACGACCCGAGACUAUACACACUUGUUGCCCUGAGGCGACGGGGUGUACCGCCCGGCGCCAUCCUGUCCUUCGUUAGCGAGCUCGGAGUCACGACAGCCACCAUCAACAUUCAGAUCGUACGGUUCGAACAGUCAAUACGCAAGUACUUGGAGAUGACUGUCCCUCGUCUCAUGCUUGUGCUGGACCCUGUACCCGUCAUCAUCGACGACCUACCCGACGAUCACUAUGAAGAGCUCGAAAAUACCUUCGGUCCCAAAGACGUUGACAUGGGCACCCACAAAUUACCGUUCACCAAAAAAGUGUACAUCGAGCGGGACGAUUUUCGAGAGGUGGAUAGCAAAGACUUCUUCCGCAUGGCACCAGGAAAACCCGUGGGUCUAUUGAAGGUUCCUUACCCGGUCAUCGCCACCAGCUUUAAGAAGGAUGAAACCACCGGCCUGGUGACUGAGAUUCAUGCCAAGUACGAUAGGCCACCAGAGGGAGAGAAGCCCAAGAAGCCAAAGGCAUAUAUUCACUGGGUUGCGGACGCACCCGAGCACGGCUCGCCGAUAAAGUGUGGAGUCCGCGUCUUCAACCCUCUUUUCAACUCGGACAACCCAGAUGCUGUCGAGCCAAGCUUCCUGGCGGAUAUUCGAGAAGAUAGCCUGAAAGUGUAUCCCGAUGCAUUGGCCGAGGUUGGAUUGAAAGAGAUUCGGGCACGAGCGGCCUGGCCGGAGGAAGCAGGGGAGAAAAAGGAGAAAUGUGGACUUGAGUCGGUGAGAUUCCAGGCCAUGAGAACUGGCUACUUCUGUCUAGACAAGGAUACGGAUGACGCAGCGGGGAAGAUUGUGUUGAACCGGAUCGUCAGUCUGAAGGAGGAUGCUGGAAAGAGUGCUUGA